GGGGGGGGGAUAUAAGGUGCUAAUAGCGCGUCUAUACCCCCACAUCGUCAUCAGAUUGCUGUCCAUCCGUACUGCGUCAUUUCAUCCCGGAGCUUGUGAUUCGACAAACACCUUGAGCCUUCAACCACGCAUCAUCAUCGCUUUCCUGCCGCCCCCCUCAUCUUGAUCAAUAACAACAACAUCCCAACUUAAGCACAGUCAUCCUUGCUACCUUUUGGUUUUGCUUACCGUUGGUCCAAUUUUCGAACUCCUCCCUUGCAGAACUCACCAUGGCGUCAAACGACAUCACCCCUGUCCCUGCACCAUGGAAACUCAAAGGCGACGUCUACCUCUUCAGCUUCUGGGUAUCCAGGGCGCAGGCAGAGCAUCCGCCCACGAUCACCUACUCCCCGCUGGAGGCGAACUCGCCUUUCAUCCGCCCGGACGGCAGCCGUCCGCUGGGUGGGCUCAGCAUGAUUCAGAUCAUCCGGUACACGGAAAGCCCCGUCGGCCCGUACGACGAGCUAAUCCUGAGCCCGGGCUUCCAUGAGUACACGGUCGAGGAGAAGGGCAAGCGCGUCAAGAAGAAGAACGCGAGAAUCACAAGGAUCUACGUGUCCCAGAAGUACACCUGCUGGAACGGCCGAAAGAACUGGAACAUCCCAAAGCAUCUAGCCGCGUUCGACUGGAAGGAGAACUCGGACGGCAGCACGAGCGUCAAGGUCUUCCCUCAUGACACAUCGGGCGACGUGAGGGAAUCGUCGGCGAGCACUGCCCCCUUGUUCCAGGCCACCUUCAAGCCCGUCCCCUACGUCCCAUCGUUCCCCCUCUCGCUCAACAUCUUCAAGUACGUCGGCGUCGACGCGACUCUCGUGCAGCCCCCGCUUCCGGAGGGCAACGGCAGCCAGGGCGAGCUGCCGGGAACGGAUCGGUGGUGCAGCAUCGCGCCUGGCCAGAGCUCCAAAAGGGCGAGUCUGGGGUGGUUCGACAUCCGGCAAGCGGACGAAAAGGGUAACAUCGUCGGCGAGCACGAGAACUUCUGGCCCGGUCUUGGGCGUUGGCAGAUUGGGUUGAAGAUGGAGAACUCGGACGUCACCUUUGCCGAACCAAAACACUGGGAUGCGCCCAGAUCGGUACUGUGAUGACUUGAUGGUCCCUCUGGUGGGUGGAGCAACACUGGUCACUCUCGCUACUAGCCUUGAGAGGAUGUAAUAUUGUCGGUACGCUCUGUGUGUUUUUUUAUUUAAAAACUAUCGACUUAUGGCCGGGUACCUAGCAAGCUCGGCUGCACUUUGUUUCCUAGGGCUUUGAAUAUUUAUAUCUUAGGACGCUUCUUAAUGUACAAUGC